UCAAAUUCAGUAGAAUUUUAAAAUAUUUUCCACUCGAAAUCUCUGAAGAGGCAUGGAAAUCGACGACUGUAUUCGCGAUAAUAUUCCCUGGGCGAAUCUAUCUCCAGAUAUCAAGGUUAUACUGGGAAAUUCGUCGAAAGAAUACGAAAAGAGAGUUUUGGAGUACUCGAUUCAAAAUCAGCUUCGAUAUAAGGGGAAUUUGAUACGGCACAUGAAAAAGAGCGAGGAAGCGUACUAUGAGCAGCUUCUACGAUUUUCCGAGUCACACUUGAUGCUGUACCCUUAUCACUUAUCAGACAUCACCGUCACCGAGAUGCGGCUCUCCCCAUUCAGUUAUUAUGCGAAUAUUCUUACCGAGAUGCUAAACACCGAAAAGUCGUACGAUUCUCUUCCAAACUUCACAGCCGCCGACGCAGUGCGAUUACUUGGGAUAGGAAGAAAUCAAUACAUUGAGCUAAUGAACCAAACUCGUUCAAAUCGGAAAUUUCUACGUCGUAGCAAGUCGGCGAGGGAGCUUUUGCCACAAAAACCAACAAAGAUGAUUGUCGAGUCGUGGUGGAGAACGAAUGUCGGUUCGAUUCUAGAAAGUGACGUGAAAACACUGAAUGAAGAAGAGAAACAAGUGAUAGAUCGCCUCCUCGACACCAACGUGGCAAUUCCGGCGGGGCUUCUAAAAUAUUCUGUUGUGACGUCAUUGUAUGAUCGAGGACUGAUAUAUUUCGAUGUUCCUGUUUACGAUAACGAUUAUAUCUAUGUGGCACCUCUAGAUGGAUUUGUGAUGAAUCGGGUGCUAGGAGACUAUUUCGAGACUCUCCUCUAUAAAAUUUUCGUAGCAAUUGACGAUCAAACAACUGUUUUGGAGAUGUCGCAAAUCCUACACAUCGAUCUUCAGCUCGUUAAAAACGCGAUUUCCGUGUUCUGCAGGCUAGGAUUCGCCAGAAAACGUGUUACCGGCGGAGAGAACCUGACAAUCCACACCUCCUGGACGUCAAAUUCCACUGUAACUACACCAAUGUCACCGAUUUCUCCUAUGUCAAGUUUGAUCACUAGCACAUCGGACGAGCUCAACGAGUUGACUAAAACACUGCUACGUGGCGAUGACGAUGAGACAGACGACGCGUUGUCGCCGGUAUCGGAGGAUUCAGCUCUUCGAGCUUCUUCGCCAAAUCCUUCAUUAAAUAAUUCUGUGGAAUCAUUCCAAUCCCUUUCAACAUCCCAAACGGCUUCCGACCUAUCUGGAUCUUCUGGAACUGUUAAUAGAGCUGCAUUCAUCUUCGAUUCAACACUUACCGCAUUUCUGAUGAUGGGAAAUCUGUCGGCUUCGCUGAAAGGCCAUGCAGUAGCACUUUUCGAAGUGGGAAAACUUGCUGACGAGCAAAUGAAGGAAUUUUUGGAGCAACUAGAGUCUGUAAAUCAGUUUGCGGAAGGAGAUGCACAGCGAUACUCAAUGCAUGCAACUGCUCUACUGGAUUCAUUGAAGAGUUUAAGACAAGAACGUGAAGCUGAUCUGAUUAGAGGAGAAAGUUUGUAUACACUUGAUGAAAAAAGCAGACAGAGGGUUUUGCAGAAAAGUUAUGGAAUCCUAGUUGCAAUGGCUCCACUUUCAAUCGAAGCGUGUGCAAUUCCCGUUCAAUCGGUUCCUCUAAUCGGUCCACCAAACGCUGAAACCUGCUCCCCGUGGUUCCGUCUCUCAAUCUAUUCGGCGUGUUCUAGUGGCCCUCCAAGUGUAUUUCUUCCACACGGAACUCGUCUAACAACUCUUCCACGUGUACUACAAAGCUUCCAACAUCAUCGGUUCCUCGUAUCAAGUACCAAGCAUGAACCACAUAUUAUGACAGCUCAAAAUGCACUUUUUGCAUUGAAUGAUAUGUUGGUUUAUUCAUCGAUUUUUGUUCAAUCAGUACCUCUUGACAGUGAAGAUUGUGAUAAAAUGAUCCAUGUACCAUUUCCAUUCGAAGAUUUGGAGUGUGAAACUGCAUUCUGCAAUCAUCCAGCGAUCAGAAAGCUCCGAGAGCAGCUAUCACUAGAUUUUACAGCAGGAUAUGUAAUUUUACUUAAAAAAUCUGGAAAAUCUAUCACGACAUCAGGCUCAGACAUCAGUGGAAGAACAAAAGCGGAGAGCAAUAUUAUGCAGGAUGUCUCAUUACCAAAAGAUGGUGGUUUACUCAAAAAACUGCUGCCAGGCACUUCUUUCGACGAUUUUCUACUAUUGGAUUGUGUUUUUGGAGUACCGUUGUUCAAUUCGGUGCUUAACGAGACGAUUUGCAAAAGGAUUUUGGGGCGCGGCAUUUUGGAACAACAGAACCGCUCGAACAUCCAAAACUCGAACAAACAAGUGGUUGGAAUGAUAAACGAGUUAAUUGACACAGCGAACAACGGGCUCAUCAAAGGAUCACAAUUGUUUGUCGAAGGAACCGAUCAACAGCGGAACGCACAAAUCGUGCCGCCCGUUCGAGCCAUUUUCUUUGAUUCUAGUCAGCUGAUUUCUUAUGGAACUAUUUGAAUUGUGAUAUAUAUAUUGUAUGCUUAUGUUAAUUAAAUUAAACUAUUUAUCAGAGGAUUAAAAAUAAAUGUGAUUUUAC